AUGGCCAGCCAGGACGGCAGUGGUGGCCAAGCUGACCCCCACGCCCCUCCCGAAGGGGCUUUCAUGGGUGCCAGGAACCCCCUGGCCUUCAGAGGCAGCCCCAUGGGAGCCCCCCAGCCCCGCGGGGCCCUCCCGCCCCCCGGCGACGACAGCAGAGAGGCCGAGGACUCUGGGGUGCGCCCCAAGAUCCCGCAGGAGCUGAAGAAGAUCCUGCAGCUCAAGGAGAGAUGCCAGGAGGAACUGGUGAUUGUCCCGGGGGUCGCGGCCGAGGACGAGAUGGAGACGCAGCUCUGGGCGUCGGUGUCAGCCUCCGAGGCUGAGGAGGACACAGAGACAUCCGAAAAGGAGCGGAACCAGAAGCGCCGCAACCGCAAGAAGAAGAAGCGAGGAACGGGAGGGGCCCGGGAGGGGCCCCCGAAACCCCGCCGAAGGGACCCCGAGCGCCUCCCCGGGGACGACACCGAGGUGGAGGUCGAGUAGGUGAUCGAGGAGCCCGAGAUCUACGACCCCAACUUCGUGUUCUUCAAGAGGAUUUUCGAGGCUUUCAAGCUGACAGGCGACGUGAAUAAGGACAAGGAGGAGCUGGAGAGGACAGAGAGCGCCGGGGCCCUACGGAAAAAGGAACCCGAGGAUGGCACCAGGAGCAGCGACGGGGACAGCUCCGAUGACAAGCAGGAGAAGAAGCAGGAGGUCCCCAAGCUGUCAAAGAAGAAGUUGCGGCGCAUGAACAGGCUCACAGUGGCCGAGCUGAAGCAGCUGGUGGCCCGCCAUGAUGUGGUGGAGAUGCACGAUGUCACCGCACAGGAUCCUCAGCUGCUGGUGCACCUGAAGGCCACGCGGAACUCGGUGCCGGUGCCGCGGCACUUCUUCAAGAGGAAAUACCUGCAGGGCAAGAGGGGCAUCGAGAAGACACCCUUCAAGCUGCCCGAGUUCAUCAAGCGCACGGGCAUCCAGGAGAUGGGCGAAGCCCUGCAGAAAGAAGAGCAGAGGACGAUGAAUUCCAAGAUGCGAGAGAAGGUGCGGCCUAAGAUAGGCAAGAUGGACAUCGAUUACCAGAAACUCCACGACGCCUUCUUCAAGUGGCAGACCAAGCCCAAGCUGACCAUCCACGGGGACCUCUACUACGAGGGAAAGGAGUUCGAGACGCAGCUCAAGGAGAAGAAGCCGGGCGAGCUCUCGGACGAGCUGCGGAUCGCGCUGGUCAUGCCCGUGGGGCAGAACGCCCACAAGGUGCCCCCGCCGUGGCUUAUCGCCAUGAAGAGCUACGGACUCCCCCCAUCGUACCCCAGCCUCAGAAUCCCGGGGCUCAACUCCCCCAUCCCCGAGGGCUGCUCGUUCGGAUACCACGCCGGGGCGUGGGGGAAGCCCCCCGUGGAUGAGACGGGGAAGCCGCUUUAUGGGGACGUGUUCGGCACCAACGCCGCCGAGUUGCAGACCAAGGAGGAGGAGGAGAUCAUCGAUUGCAUGCCCUGGGGGGAGCUGGAGCCAUCUGACGAGGAAUCCUCGGAGGAGGAGGACAGCGACGAAGAGAAACACGAUGAGACCGGGUUCUUCACCCCGGCCGACAGAGGGUUGAUGAUCCCCGUGGGCUUCUCCUCGAUGCCGACCGGGCUGGAGACACUGGAGCUGAUCGAGCUCCGCAAGAAGAAAAUCGAGGAGGCCAUGGGCGGGAGAGAGAUACCCCAGCUGUUCACGGUGGUCCCCGAAAAACGCACGGCAACCGUGGGCACGGCCACGAUGGGCUCCACUCACAUCUACAACGUGUCCGCGGUAAAGGGGCGCAAGGGGCCAGGAACGGAGGCGCGGGGCUUGGAGUUGGCGCUGGUCCCCGAGGAGCUGGAGCUGGACCCCAGGGCCAUGUCGCAGAAAUACGAGGAGCACGUGCGGGAGCAGCAGGCGCAGGUGGAGAAGGAGGACUUCAGUGACAUGGUGGCCGAGCACGCCGCCAAGCAGAAGAAGAGGAAGACGCAGCCCCACGACGCCCGUGAGGGGGGCAAGAAAUACAAGGAGUUCAAGUUUUAG